AUGGCCUCCCAAGAUGGACUCGACCAUGGUGAAUCCGAAUCAAGGCAAAUGCCUCUUCUAGGGGACAAGAACAUGCAAGUGGGGGAGCUUUCACCCUUACUGAUCUUAUCACAGCUAUGCAGGCUAUGGGGGAAACCCAAAGGGAGAUAA